UAGUCGGAUAUAGUUUUUUUUCCUUCUGAAGUUUCUCUAUGGCGGUGGACACAAAGCACUGAAACCGUGGGAGUCUGGGAAACAGAAAGAAGGGUGCGCGAGUGCAAGGAGGAGAAUUCGAAAAAAAAAAUAAACUCAUUUGUAAAAGACAAGAUAUUGAAAGAGUUUAACGCAUGGUUUUACUUGUUUUAUAAAUAUAAAAGUUAGAAGGUGUAGAGGGAUUCGUGUAGCUGUAGCUAAAGUUUUGAACUUUUGUUUUAGACGUGCUGAGAAUGCGUUGGUUUAUUCAAGUUGUGUUUUCAUUGACCUGUUUGGCUAUAUGUAGCCACAGUGCUAUGGAUGAAUGCACUGAUGAUUCGAGUCGGCCUCAGCGAUGCAUGCCAGAGUUUGUCAACGCUGCUUUCAAUGUCACUGUGGUAGCUACCAAUACUUGUGGCUCUCCCCCAGAAGAAUACUGUGUACAAACCGGCGUUACGGGGGUCACCAAGUCGUGCCACAUCUGCGAUGCCAGGGAUCGGAGACAACAUCACAGUGCUGUGUACCUCACCGAUUACAACAAUCAACAGGACACCACCUGGUGGCAAAGUCAGACUAUGUUAGCGGGCAUCCAGUAUCCAAACUCAAUCAAUCUAACUCUUCAUCUUGGCAAGGCGUUUGACAUCACUUACGUGCGACUCAAGUUCCACACCAGCCGCCCAGAGAGCUUCGCCAUCUACAAGCGCACAAGUGAGGAUGGACCAUGGACGCCCUACCAGUACUACAGUGGCUCCUGUGAGAAGACCUACCAGAAGUUCAACAGAGGCUUCAUCCGCACCGGAGAGGACGAACAGCAGGCCCUCUGCACAGACGAGUUCAGUGACAUCUCACCCUUGACCGGAGGAAACGUGGCCUUCUCCACCCUCGAGGGCCGACCCAGUGCUUACAACUUUGACAACAGCCCAGUUCUUCAGGAAUGGGUGACAGCCACAGAUAUCAAAGUGACCCUGAACAGGCUCAACACAUUUGGAGAUGAAGUGUUCAAUGAUCCCAAGGUCCUAAAGUCCUAUUACUACGCUGUCUCAGACUUUGCAGUGGGAGGAAGGUGCAAGUGCAACGGCCAUGCGAGUGAGUGUGUGAAAAACAACGGCUUCGACAAGCCGGUUUGCAACUGCAAGCACAACACAGAGGGUGAUGACUGCAAUGUGUGCAAGCCGUUCUACAACGACCGUCCCUGGAGGCGAGCUACAGCCAAUAACCCUAACGAGUGUCUGGAGUGCAACUGUAAUGGCAAGAGUGCAGAGUGCUACUUCGACCCUGAGCUGUACCGUGCCACCGGCCACGGUGGACACUGUCACAACUGUGCCGACAACACUGACGGGCCUAAAUGCGAGCGCUGCCUGGACAAUCACUACAGAGACCGAUCUGGCAACCGCUGCCUGCCCUGCAGCUGCAACUCAGUGGGCUCUCUGGCCACUCAGUGUGACAACACAGGGCGCUGCAGCUGUAAACCAGGUGUGAUGGGGGACAAGUGUGACCACUGCCAACCUGGCUUCCACACCUUGACCGAAGCAGGCUGCAGACCCUGCUCCUGUAACCCUUCUGGAAGCACACAGGAGUGUGAUGUCCAGACAGGCCGUUGCCAGUGCAAGGACAACGUGGAGGGCUUCAACUGUGACAGGUGUAAGCUGGGCUACUUCAACCUGGACCCCCAGAACCCGCAGGGUUGCACUCUGUGCUUCUGCUUCCAACACUCCUCUGUGUGUGACAGCGCUGAAGGUUACAGCAUCGACACUGUUUCCUCCACCUUCGACAAAGAUGAUGAGCAGUGGACAGCCCAGCAGCGUGACGGCUCCAGUGUUUCAGUCCAGUGGUCUGCUGGUGGAGAGGAGAUUUCCCUCAUCUCUGAGGACUACUUCCCCAUGUACUUUGUGGCUCCAGAGAGGUUCCUGGGCAAUCAGCUGCUGAGCUACGGCCAGAACCUCACCCUGAACUUCCGGGUGGACAGGAGAGACACACGCCUUUCAGCUGAAGAUGUGGUUCUGGAGGGGGCUGGCCUCAGAGUGGCUGUGCCUCUCAUUGCUCAGGGAAAUGCCUAUCCUGGGGAGAACAUGCAGACAUUUGUGUUCAGGCUCCACGACAGCACAGACUACCCCUGGAGGCCCACCCUCCCUCAGUCUGAGUUCCAGAAGCUCCUACACAAUCUGACAUCCAUCAAGAUCCGUGGCACCUACAGCGAGAGAAGUGCUGGCUACCUUGACGAUGUAAUGCUGAUCACGGCGAGGAAAGGUCCCGGGACCCCGGCCCGCUGGGUAGAGAAGUGUACCUGCCCUCAGGGCUACAUGGGACAGCAUUGUGAGAACUGCGCCCUGGGAUACAGGAGGAACAGACCAGACCUGGGGGCCUUCAGUUCCUGUGACGCCUGCAACUGUAACGGACACAGUGACACGUGCAACCCCGACACAGGGAUGUGUGACUGCCAACACAACACAGCUGGUCUCAGUUGUGAGAGGUGUGAAGACGGUUCCUAUGGAGACUCCACUGUGGGGAGUUCCAGCGACUGCAAGCCCUGCCCCUGCCCCGGAGGAUCCACUUGUGCUGUCGUUCCCAAGACCAAGGAGGUUGUCUGCACCAACUGUCCCACAGGAACCACAGGCAAGCGCUGUGAGCUGUGUGACGACGGUUUCUUCGGAGACCCCCUGGGUGAGAACGAGCCGGUGAGGGUGUGUCGGGCCUGUAAGUGUAGCGACAACAUCGACCCCAACGCUGUGGGCAACUGUGACCGAGAGACCGGGGAGUGCCUCAAGUGUAUCUACAACACAGAUGGCUUCUUCUGCGAUCGCUGCAAAGAGGGCUUCUAUGGAAGCCCUCUGGCCACCAACCCCAACGACAAGUGCAAACCCUGCUCCUGCUCUCCGUACGGCACAGUGGACAGACAAACCAGCUGUCUACAGGUCACAGGCCAGUGCCCGUGUCUCGCCCACGUCACCAACAGGGACUGCAGCGCCUGUGAGCCUGGCUUCUUCAACCUGCAGAGCGGAACAGGUUGCGUACGAUGCACCUGCAAUCCUAUUGGGUCCACCAAUGGUCAGUGUGACAUCAGCUCCGGUCAGUGUGAAUGCCAGCCCGGCGUCACCGGUCUGCGCUGUGAACGCUGCGAGGUCAACUUCUUUGGAUUCGGAUUGUCUGGCUGCAAACCGUGCGACUGCGACCCAGAGGGCUCCUCCACGACCCAGUGUAAGGACGAUGGCCGCUGCGAGUGCAGCCCAGGCUUUGUAGGAGCCAGGUGUGACAUGUGUGAGGAGAACUACUUCUACAACCGCUCUACUCUUGGCUGCCAGCAGUGUCCAGCUUGUUACUCUCUCAUCAGAGACAAGGUGAACCAGCAGAGACAGAAGCUGCAUGACCUGCAGAAUUUGAUUGACAACCUGGGCUCUACGUCGGAGGCUGUCAGUGACAAGGCCUUUGAGGACCGUCUAAAGCAGGCAGAGAAAGCCAUCAUGGACCUGCUGGAGGAGGCUCAGACCAGCAAAGAUGUAGACAAAGGCCUGCUGGAGCGCCUGGGAAACCUGAACAACACGCUGACCACUCAGUGGAACCGUCUGCAGAACAUCAGGAGCGGUGUGGACGACACGGGAACCCAGACCGACAAGGCCCGCAACCGGGUCCGAGACGCUGAGAACCUGGUCGACCGUGCCCGCGAGGAACUGGAUAAGGCCAAGGACGCCAUCAGCAAACUGGACAUCAAAACACCCUCAAACACCGCAGAUCCUAACAACAUGACGCUUCUGGCAGAGGAGGCUCGCAAUCUGGCCGACAAACAUAAAAUGGAUGCGGAUCAAAUCGAGAAGAUUGCCAAGGAUGCCAACGACACAUCCACCAAGGCUCUCAACCUGCUGAUGAAGACUCUAGAUGGCGAGGGAAAGACCAACAUUGACAUUGACGAGCUCAACAGGAAGUACAAUGAAGCAAAGGACCUGGCUAAUAACCUGGUGAAACAGGCCAACAAAGUGCAUGCUGAGGCAGAGGAGGCAGGCGACAAAGCCCUGAAGAUCUACGCUAACCUGACCAGCCUGCCACCCUUCAACACCAAAUCACUGGAGGGCGAAGCGAGCAAGAUCAAGAAGGAGGCGUCAGACCUGGACAAGCUGAUUGACAAGACAGAGAAGGAGUACAACGACCUGAGGGACGACCUGAGAGGGAAGGAGACUGAGGUCCGCAAGCUGCUGGAGAAGGGAAAGACUGAGCAGCAGACUGCAGAUCAGUUGCUGGCUCGUGCUGAUGCUGCCAAGGCACUGGCUGAGGAGGCCGCCAACAAGGGGAGGUCCACCUACCAGGAGGCCCAAGACAUUCUGGGAAAUCUGAGAGACUUUGACAAGAGGGUGAACGACAACAAGACAGCAGCUGAGAACGCCAUGAAGAGAAUCCCAGAGAUCAACGCCACCAUCGCUGCAGCCAAUGAGAAGACCAAGCAGGCUGAGGGGGCGCUAGGCAACGCAGACGCAGACGCAAAGGAGGCCAAGAGCAAGGCGGAGGAGGCUGAGAAGAUAGCCAGCCUUGCGCAGAAGGGUUCUGCUAAGACCAAGGCGGAUGCAGAGAAGGCCUUUGAGGACACCAGGAAGCUGGAUGGAGAGGUCAAUAACAUGAUGGACCAGCUAAGUGCAGCAGAGGCAGAGCUGGCCAAGAAGAAGGCUGAGGCCGACCAGGACAUGAUGAUGGCUAGCAUGGCAUCAGACAAUGCGAAGGAAGCUGAGGACAACGCUCGGAAAGCCAAGAGUGCAGUCAGGACCGUUCUUAGCACCAUCAACGACCUGCUUAAGUCACUGGGCAACAUUGACAAGGUGGACCUGAGCAAGCUGGGCUUGAUUGAGGGGUCGCUGAAGCAGGCCAAAGACAAGAUGGCGAACAGCGACCUGGACCGCAAGCUGUCGGAGCUGAACGACGUGGCCAAGAGCCAGGAAGUGAUGAUCACCGACUACGAUAGGCAGAUCAAGGAGAUCCAGUCUGACAUCGCCAACCUCAACGACAUCAAGAACACGUUACCCAACGGCUGCUUCAACACCCCAUCCAUAGAACGGGCUUAACCCCCUCUAUCUCCGCCCUCGACUCCUAUCCCAACCCCUGUACCCUUCCUCAUAUCCCGUCUGUACCACUCCUUCCCACAUCUAACACUCGGGCAGAAUGCCACCGUUUUACCAAAACAGUUUGUAUUUUUUUGGUCUUUUGUUUGUCUUUUUUUAAGCAAGAAGCCAAUUUAAGCCAAGUUUCAUGUUUUUAAAGAAAUGAAGAGCAUAAGCGGCAGAACCUGAAAUUAACUAAGGGCGGUCGUUAAAAACCGCGUAUCCAUUCUCCUUAGGUGCAGCAGGUUAGGAGAGGUGUGGCUUACCUCACUCCAGAACACCCACAUGACUGCACCACCUCCAGACUGUUCCUACGCUACGACGUGGAGGAAUCACAACCUAAACCACAUCAACAGAGAAAACAAGGAAAAAUGUCCUCAGCCUUUUCAGAUGCGUCUGUGUCAUAUUAUAUACCUUUUUUUAAUCUGAUAUGGUGUCAAACAAGUUAUCCUUACCCAUCAUUUUAGACCCAAGGGCAUGUUGGGAAUGGUUUGUCUGUGAAAUGUAUAUUUUUUUGCUUGGAGGUAUUGCGAAACUUUCAAUGCAUAUGUACCACCCUCUGUGUUAUCAACCAUUUAUUUUUUUUAAACAAACCGUGAAGGAAUCCUUAAGUUUCUGUUUGAUUUGCCUCCAUUCGCUCCCAAAGCUACAUGUCUUGCAUGGAGAAAGUAUUCCUGUUACUAUUAUACAUUUUUACAGUAUUCAACACAACUAUUCUGUUCCACAUGCACAACUGAAAAGCUGUCGAAUGAAACCAGCUUGUGGGUCUUUUAAAAUGUCUCUGAUAAGUUUGCCAGUUGAGACUGCCCAGUGAAACAUCAUGGUUAAAUAUCAUUUGAAUCAUUUAUUUUAACACUACAAAUCAUGAUUUUAGUUUGUUUUUUCCUCCCGAAGCUGCUGCUUAAUACAGGUUUGCUGCAAAUCACACAUUAACAUUCUACACUACAAGGCAACAUUCUACACUAUGCAACUUUGUACAUUUGCGUAGCAAGACUUUAUCUGAUACACUGGUGCUAAUAAUGAUUUCAAAUGUUAUAUUUUUGUGUGAAUGUUUUUUUAUUCUGAUGAAGAGUGAGGAACUGUUAUUUGUGUAAAUAUAUGCUUAAAUGAUUCAGGGCUGGCUGAUUGUUAAACCCAAGACCCAACAGCCACCUCCUAUAGGUUCUAUCACAAAAACAAUCAACUGAAACCUCCACAUAAUAUAUAAAUAUAUAUGAUAAGUUCUGUGGUAUAAUAUGCUUGCUUGUAUACAGGGCUCAGUGUUGUUGCCUCAUAGCGCUGACAUUAUUCAUUUGUUUACUUCUCAGUGGGUGGUCACAAGUUAAUUGAUGAAUGCUUUUAUAACAAGAACCUUUGACUGACAAGAUCAGGGUGUGUGUGUGUGUGUGUGUGUGUGUGUGUGUGUGUGUGUGUGUGUGUGUGUGUGUGUGUGUGUGUGUGUGUGUGUGUGUGUGUGUGUGUGUGUGUGUAAGGGAUGGCCCUAAAGAAGCCAUUUGUCUACAUUAAGCCUAAUGUUUCAUUUGACUGAAUUUAUACGCUUGUCUCCAAGAAAAUAAGAUUGGUCACAAGUUGCUAGUUAACCAAUUUUUUUUUUUUUGUGUGUUUUGUGCCUUACUAUGUGAUUGUCAUUUUCACAUCACUUAGUCCCUAACGAGGGCAUCACGUGUAUUGCACACGUUGCAUUACAUUUCAGACAUACACUACAUGGUGUCCUUGCAUUUCAGGAGAACAGCAGGGAUUUUGUCGACGGGUCCAGAACAUCAGUCAGCCAGCCUCCAUACAGUAAAUUAAUAGGUUGUAACCUGGAAACGACUCGUCUUUCCCAGUUCCAAUUCAACAUCGCUCAUAUCCUCAAUACACCAAUACUCACUCCUUUCCUUAGCCUUCUAUCAUGUUAUCUGUUUGAUAGUUUUGUUUAGCUAACUUUUGACCUAAUUUUAUAGAUGGUGUGGCGGGGACUAAAACGAUCUCCUCUGCAGUGAACCAUCUUUUACCCUCUAUUACUCCUCCAGGUAACCACGCUGCUGUGGACGGAUGUGCAGCACAUACUGUUGGAUGUAUAAAACAGUAUUUCUAAUUUAUAAUGUCUCAAGUAUUUGUAUUAUUUUGUUCCCGUAGAUGAUGAUAUGUAUGUGUUGCACAAUCCGUUUGUGGUCUUUUGGCUAUGGAGUGCAUCUUCUGUUCUGUCGUACAGUACAAUACAAUACAAAGCACCUAGUCACUGAAACAUUUCAUUUGUAAGGACCCGAGAGAACCCAGCUUGUUACCCAAGUGCCUGUAAAUUCAAUCGUAACAUUGAAGUAAUAAAAAAUAAUUACGGGAACUCUUUCAGUUGAUUGUGUGAUUGUAUUGAAUGUCAUGCUGACUCAUUUCCGCCAAUGCAAUGUACAGAACACUAUGACAGUGUUUCUCAUGAAUCUACUCCAGUCUACUCCGCAAUGUAGUUUUAUGUUGAGGUUAUUUAGUAUUUAGGACAUUUAGGACAGUUUUAUUAGUUGGAUCGUUACAUGAAAUGAGUGCUUUAAAAAUACAUAUGUCAAUGUGAACAAAUAUUGAAUUUUAAAAGCCUGUUAUAUUAAAUAAACUCUGCUUUACUAUAGUCUACAUGGA